GGUUCUCUGCAUGUGAGAAGAGAGAGAGAAAUUUGAUUUAGAGAGAGAAAUUUGAUAUGGGUGUAGAAGAAGGCAAUUUGGGUGAUGAUUACACAGAAGAUGGAACUGUGGAUCUCAAGGGAAAUCCAGUUCUUCGUUCCAAGAGGGGUGGAUGGAAAGCUUGCUCCUUUAUUGUUGUGUAUGAAGUGUUCGAAAGGAUGGCAUUUUAUGGGAUAUCUUCCAAUCUCAUAUUGUAUUUGACAAAUAAGCUUCAUCAAGGCACUGUGACAGCAUCCAACAAUGUCACCAAUUGGGUGGGUGCAGUGUGGAUGACCCCUGUGUUGGGCGCCUACGUCGCCGAUGCUUAUCUCGGUCGAUUUUGGACUUUCAUCAUUGCCUCUAUUAUCUAUCUAUCGGGCAUGUCUCUUCUAACAAUGGCAGUUUCUCUCCCAACCCUGAGGCCGCCACCAUGUGCAGAACCAACCACAGGCAAUUGCGGGAAGGCCUCCACACUACAGCUCGCCGUGUUCUACGGUGCGCUCUACACGUUGGCCGUCGGCACGGGUGGUACGAAGCCGAACAUCUCGACGAUCGGCGCCGACCAGUUCGACGAAUUCGACCCGAAGGAGAAGAAGCAGAAGCUCUCCUUUUUCAACUGGUGGAUGUUCAGCAUUUUCUUUGGCACCCUCUUUGCCAACAUAAUCCUCGUCUACAUUCAAGACAACAUUGGUUGGACCCUUGGAUAUGGCCUCCCUACUAUCGGGCUCGCCAUUUCGAUCGGAAUCUUCGUCGUCGGGAUUCCAUUUUACCGCCACAAGGUUCCCGCUGGAAGUCCUUUCACUCGGAUGGCGAAAGUCAUCGUCGCCGCCAUUAGGAAUCGGAAACUGCCGCUCCCGGUGGAAGCCAAGGAACUGUACGAGUUGGAUGUUGAGGAGUAUACGAAGAAGAAGAAGUUUAGGAUGGAGUUCACGCCAACUUUGAGUAUACUCAACAAAGCUUCAAUCCAAACGGGUUCAACUCAUCCAUGGCGGCUGUGCACAGUAACAGAAGUGGAAGAGACGAAGCAAAUGAUCCGCAUGAUUCCCAUCCUAUUCGCCACCUUCGUCCCAAGCAUCAUGUUGGCUCAGGUGAACACUCUGUUCAUAAAACAGGGCACCACCCUCGACCGGAGAAUCGGCAACUUCAGCAUCCCGCCGGCGAGCUUGAGUGGCGUCGUCACCCUCUCCUUGCUGGUCAGCGUCGUCGUCUACGACCGCGUCUUCGUCAGAAUCAUGAGGAAGUUCACCAAAAACCCCCGCGGGAUCACUCUGCUGCAGCGGAUGGGGAUCGGCAUCGUCCUCCACACCCUUAUCAUGACCGUCAGCUCUCUCGUCGAGCGCCGGCGGCUGGCGGCGGCGAGAGAACACGGCGUCGUCGACAGCGGCGCUCAAGUUCCGUUGAGCAUCUUCAUUUUGCUGCCGCAGUUUAUUCUCAUGGGCACCGCCGACGCCUUCAUGGAGGUUUCCAAGAUCGAGUUCUUCUAUGAUCAGGCACCAGAGAGCAUGAAGAGCUUGGGGACGUCGUACUCGACGACGGCGAUCGGGACUGGGAAUUUCCUCAGCAGCUUCCUCCUUGCAACGGUUUCGGACCUCACGAGUCGCCACGGGCGAAAGGGGUGGAUCCUGAACAACCUAAACGCUUCCCAUCUCGACUACUACUACGGCUUCUUCGCCAUUCUAAACUGCUUGAACUUCAUCUUCUUCCUCGUGGUUUCAAGAUUCUACGUUUACAAGGCGGAAGUUUCAGACUCCAUAAGAUUGCUCACUGAAGAACUCAAGGAUAAGACACCCUCUAAAGAAUCAAACCCGCGAUAAGAAGUUUAAGAGAUGGGUGAAAACUUGGAGGUUUUCGCCAUUGAAGAAGCUCUAGGCUUUCUUUCAACUCAGGGAGAAAUGUACUUUUUAUAAUCCUGAAAUUCUCCUUCGAAUUUGGAUACGUUUUGUAAACUUGUGAUGUAAUAUAGUUUACCAUGCAAAAGCAAAUCUAGGUUGAAUCUCAUUUUGGUCUCUAAAGUUUUAAGGAAGAAGGAGAAUCGAUUCAUGAAUAA